GUUUAAUCAGAUGAAUAAUUCACGAGCAUAUGUGUUGUGUAACGUGCACUGUAACAAAUAAGUAGUCCCCUUCGUUGAUGCCGCUUAUUUCUCUCUCUCCGUCUCUUCAGAUUUUCAACUUCCGGCGUACGCCACUUUCUCUCUCACACUUUCCUAAAUUCACUGUUCAUUUCACCCACUUUCCAAAUUCAGAUAUGGGCACAGUGAUUCUGCAAUUGAUUGUUUGAUGAUCGGGAGGAGAAUUACUGAACGAAAAGGCGAAAUUGUCAGAUUUUUUCAUUUUUUUUUCAAGAGUAUUCUGUGUGAAUAUACUGUAGAGGGAUUGUCUCGUAGGAGAAAUACUUAAUAUUCUUUUUAUAUAUUUGUUUUUGUGUAUAAUAGUUUGAAAUAACCUCAUAUAUCAAUAGAAGAAAAAUGGAGAAAGAAAGAUAGUGUAAGUGGCGGGGCAGUAAGGCCUAUUUUGCUAUUUUGUUUGAUGAGGUGGUAGUUGUUGGUGUGAAAAAUCUGUAGUUGAUAUUUCAGUUAGUUCACGGUAGGGACUGUAUGGCGUUCUUUCAUAUUUCAUGUUCUGGUGACGUCUGAAUGGUUUAUUGAGGACUUGAAUUGCGAAGAUACUGGUUAUAUGAAGCCAGAUUCAUCCAAAGAUUUAGCUCAAACUAUGAUCACUGGGGUGCCUGGCCCUUCUGGUCAAUGGAUCCAGCAAGAAUUAUCUCAACCGGUUAGCUUGAGUGAUGGCAUAUCUUUACACAAUAAUGUAAAUAACCAUGUACCUGUACAGACUGGUGACGUAUAUUCUAUGGAAUUUCUUCAGAAUCCUUCUUUAAGAAUAGUUCCUACUCUGUCUGGCUUUACUGAGAAGCAUGAUAGGAGGAGAGCUUUACCUCAUCCAGGUUAUGAAAAUCUCAAAAGACUUCUUGGGUUGACUAGAAUGGAUUCUGAAUGUGCUUCUGACAUAACUGAAUUUGCUUCUGCAAGAGGAUCUGGUACCGAAAUUGAAAAUGGUGUUUAUGUAGAAAAUGAGCUUUCAUAUAAUCCUAAAGUUGGAUCUUGUGGGCAUGUCCCUGGGGUAGCUACGACAGAGUUAUUUUGUAAUCAAGCUACUUCAGGGUCAAGUGCGCCGCCUAUAACUAAAUCUGAAUCUUCACAGUCGUUAAAAUCUUCUGGAUUUGGAACUUCAAACUGUUCUCAGACAGGAAAAAUAAAAUUCCUGUGCAGUUUUGGUGGUAGAAUACUGCCUCGACCUAGUGAUGGAAAACUCAGAUACGUUGGCGGAGAUACACGUAUCAUUUCCAUACAGAAGAAUAUUUCAUGGGAAGAACUUAUGAAGAAAACAUUAGCCAUCUGUAACCAGCCUCACACUUUCAAAUACCAGCUUCCAGGAGAGGAUCUUGACGCUCUUAUAUCUGUCUCUUCUGACGAAGAUCUUCUGAACAUGAUAGAGGAAUAUUAUGGACUUGAGAAGCUUGGGGGCUCCCAAAGGCUCCGAAUUUUCUUAAUUCCUUCGACUGAAUCUGAUAACUCAUGCCCUGUAGAUGCCGCUACUGUUCAACUGAGUGAACCUGAUUAUCAAUAUGUUGUUGCUGUUAAUGGCAUUGUUCAAGGGGAUUCUUCUGCUAAGGAGAAUUAUUAUGAGCAGUAUGUGCGCGAUGAAGCCAGCAAGGUGAUACCUAAAGUAGACUGCGGUAAUGGUAUUUAUGCCCCACCUCCUACUCAAUUGAUUGCUGGACAUCAGAAUCAGGUUAAGUUUCCCAAUCAAUCUUCUCCUUUUCCUCCUGUGCUUGUUCAACAAGGAGAUUGCAAGAAUGACUCAAGGAACACAUGCAAGAACAAGUUGCCGCAUGGUAGUGAUGCAUGUCCAGUGUUGGUUAGCAGCGCCCAAUCAUUACCUGAAAACCCCAGUGGAUGUAUUAAUAUUGGUUAUUUUACCCCGGAGAUAAACCUGAUGAAUUUGCAGAGUCCACAUAAAAGAGAUGAUAUCCUCCCGCCAAGCCAAUCGAGUGAAUUGCUUUCACAUCACCAUGGUCUCAGCAGAGACUUUGUUGCUCCAACAUUGGAACAAUGUGAUGGAAGCUCUCAGCAGUACCCUUUUGAAAGAAAAGAACCCAAGGAAAGGACUGUUCUCUCUGAAAAGCCAAAUGAUGAAAUGGGUGUAUUACUGGGAUACACUUCCACUGUUACUCAAAAUGGAAUUCCGCAUGCCUUUUCGGAUUCAAAACUUCAGGAACAUGUAAAAAGAUUAGCUUACUGCUCGCAAGAGGGAAUAAGCUCAUUUUCCUCUUUGAACUUUUUACCAGCUCAGUUAUCGUCACUCAGUGUGUCUUCUGCUCUGCAAGAAAGCCUAGGAUCUCUGCAUCAGAGAACAUACCCAGUCAGUUCUCAGCAUCAUAUUAGGGUACAUAAUGGGGAAUCAACUGUGGCCACUGACUUGGUGGAUUUUCCAGAGUUGCCUUUUGACUCAAACCCAGUGAGUAAAUGUGGACCCAUGCAAAGAAAUAUUAAUGGAACAGACACGAGAUACAAUGGAGCUAAAGCAAAUUUGGAAAAUUACCAUUCCAGUUUGAAAAACUAUAUGGAGAAAAAUUCAAAUUUUGAGAUGGUGAAUGCAUCUGAUAUUAAUAAUGAUCUGCUAUGCCACGAGGGUAAAUUUCCUGAUAAAAAGUUAUCCGAAACAGCUGUGGGUUCCAAGAAAAAACUUCCGGACUUUAAGUCUGCUGUGUUGACUAAUAAUGGAGGUGAUAAACCUGGUGAAGAAUCGGAAAUUUUUGACAUGAACGUCCUUGCAUCAACAACUUUUAUUACUACAUUAAGUGAGCGGUCCCAAAGAAAUCAAUUUGAGUAUACCUCGGAGGCGAUAAAAAAGGCUGAACCUGAGAACAAUACAUUGAGUUCUGAAGUUGCUGGGAGGAUUUCAAAUUCUGAAAAGAAGUCUCAUGGUGCAGAAACUCUGAGUGAUCUACUGCCUGAGUUGUCUGAUGGUCUUGUUUCCCAACAUUCCCCCAUACCAGCAGUUGUUGCAUGUCCUCAAGAUACUUUUGUCAAAGAACCCUUGCUAAUAUUAUCUGAGGAAUUGUCACCAUCUUCAGUUGUUGAUGAUGGAGGCCAGUUGAUGUCCUCGCAUUACUCAACUUUCAGGCAAAACCCAACCAAGGGUGCUGUCUUUAGGAGAGAAGUUUCUCUAAUUGAUGAAGAAUUUACUAAUUACAGUGAUCAGAAAGUUGUGACUUCUGGCGUUGGUGAAUUUUCUAGUGAAAAGCAAAAGAUAGAAGAUGUUCCCGUUAGUAGGAAUAUCAAAGAAAGUCAGCAAGUUCUGAAUGCAAAUGAUGUUAGAUCACCCAGUGGUGACUUAUAUGCUGAAAAUCUCCUAGAUUUGGAUACCUCCGGUAGUGAAGUCAUAACUCCUACUGCAACAGAAGGGGUGACAUUUGCCCCUGAGUUGGGGUUGGAGGACGUCAACCCCCUCGACGCAGAUAAGGAUAAUUUAAUCACUGAUGCUAUGAUAGCUGAACUAGAAGCUGAUUUGUAUGGUUUGCAGAUCAUAAAAAAUGCUGACCUUGAAGAAUUGAGGGAGUUGGGCUCUGGGACAUAUGGUACUGUUUACCAUGGAAAAUGGAGAGGAACAGAUGUUGCUAUAAAGAGAAUUAAGCGGGCAUGUUUUUAUGGGAAAUCAUCACAGGAAGAAAGGCUGAUCAAGGACUUCUGGAGAGAGGCACAGAUCCUUUCAAACCUUCAUCAUCCUAAUGUGCUUGCAUUUUAUGGAGUGGUACCUGAUGGGGCUGGGGGGACUUUGGCAACUGUGACUGAAUUCAUGACUAAUGGAUCACUUCGAAACGUUCUUAUUAAAAAGGACAGGUCACUUGAUAGUUAUAAGAAGCUUCUAAUUGCCAUGGAUGCAGCUUUUGGGAUGGAGUAUUUACACUCAAAAAACAUCGUCCACUUUGAUUUGAAAUGUGACAAUUUGUUAGUCAGUCUGAGGGAUCCACAACGACCCAUAUGCAAGGUCGGAGAUUUUGGACUGUCGAGGAUUAAACGCAAUACUCUUGUAUCUGGAGGUGUACGAGGUACUCUUCCCUGGAUGGCACCUGAGCUAUUAAAUGGUAGCAGUAACCGAGUAUCUGAGAAGGUCGAUGUUUUUUCAUUUGGAAUAACAAUGUGGGAGAUCUUGACUGGGGAAGAACCCUAUGCAAACAUGCAUUGUGGGGCAAUCAUUGGUGAUCAUGUCAUUUCUGAGAUCGUAAUUUAUUCAUAGUCUGAGGGAGAUAGGACUGCUAGGACACCUACUUCUUUUGGUUCGAUCAUGUUAAUGCUCAACAAUGCCAACUGUGUGCCAAUUCACACCUAAUUGGGCCAGAAAGAUAUAAAAAGCGGCCAGCUUACUUGCUAUUUCUGAUAAGUUUCCUUUAUUGACUAAGAGCAAUUACAAGCUAAUGGCCCCUUCCUUUGAGUCGAUAAAAAAAAAAAGAAUUUCAUCUUAAUGAUUUCACAACCCUUUCCAAUUUGACCUUGUUUGAUUUGUUGAUAAUGGUUGUAGGGGGGAUUUUGAAGAAUACUCUUCGGCCUCCAAUGCCAGAGCAGUGUGAUCCCGAGUGGAGGAAGCUGAUGGAACAGUGCUGGUCUGCUGAUCCUGAUGCUCGGCCAUCAUUCACGGAGAUUAGAAACAGAUUGAGGUCUAUGUCUGCUGUACUCCAUGCGAAGGGGAAUGGCAGUUCAGCAGGACGCGCCAAUGCAAACAUCCCCGUGUAAGUCAUAAAGAAAAUGCUUGCAGUACUUGGAAAUAUUUGCUUCUUUAUUUUGCUAAUGGAGAGCACUCCGGUUCUCUCUCAUAUUAUGUGAUUAUAAGUUUUGUAUCAUUUUAUUCAUUCUUUGCGAUGGAACCCUUCUCGUUAUAGAAAUAGGUGUAAACUGUGAUGAGGUUAAUGAAGCUUGGAUUUUUCUUGGAAAA